AUGAGCAGGCCUGCGCUUGACAGAUCAAACUCCUUCGCCCACCACCAACAGCUCAAGCACCGGCCCUACGUCCCUCUCGACGACAUCCAGGUUCACCGGCCAGGCCACAAGGUCUACUCCCACCCCAGCCGCGCCUCGAGACGCUCGCUGGCUGCAAUUGCCAUCCAGAAGACCUCCUCCGCCUUCAACCUCGCCUACACUUCAUACAACAAGCACGAACAGUCGCUGCCGGAGCAGGAGCAGGAGCAGCAUCAACAUCUACAGCAGCAGCACCACCAGGUAGAAGAGGACCCCUUCCGCGACCCAGACAGCUGGGAGUCCGACGACAGGCCCUCGCUCUCCCCCGACAUGACCCAGCCAGCCUCCAAGAUGCAUCAGACGUCGUCUCGUCUCCUCCGCAUGACCACCGACGACAGACCCUUCACCCGGGACUUCAAGGACCUCUUCUCGACGCUCAUGGUCAGCCUCAAGCUCGAGACACACCGCGUCCGCUUCUCCAAGUUCGAACACACCUUCACCGCGGAGGAGGCCAUCAACAAUCUCGGCUCCCUCAAGUUCUCCCAGUCAAACCGCAUGCCCGACCCCAAGGAUCCCUCCCGCAUCGUCACCACUACCACCACAACCACCUUCUCCAUGGCCAAGGAGAUGGCGCGGAGCGUCUGCCAGCGCUUCGUCGACGCUCGCUUCAUAGAGUCCGUCGACGGCCGCUUCUCCUCCCAGUUCCCGCUCAAGGGUGCCCUCUACCAGCUCACUCCCAAGGGCAUCAACAUCCUCCACCGCUUCUGCCAGCGAAACGGCAUCACCGCCAGACACAUCAUGGACAUCAUCGACUCGCCGCGAAACACCAUGCAGCUCGUCAUCAUGGAGCGGGAUAGCAUCACCGAUCAGAUCUCAAACGACAAGGGUACCAUCGAAGUCAUCUUCCGUCGGUUUGCCGGCCAGGACGGGCCCAACCUGAAGUCGUCCGUUUCGUCCUCAGAUUCGGACUCGGUGUCAGACUACACCAAUGGCGUCGUGGGCGUCAAGAUGGCCCGCGAACGCAAGAUUGGAGAUAAACUGUAUCAAAACACUUUUACCGGAAAGGCGGCCAUGGAGUGGCUGAUGGACUGCUGCACCACCAUAGACCGACGGGAGACGAUGGAGAUUGCCUCUCUCUUCGUCCGCCAGGGUCUGAUAACGCCGUUUCUCGAGGACAAGGUAUACAUCGCCCACGACCCUUCGGCAUCGCUCUUCCAGCCUACCAAGAACGCAAUAUACGGAGUGUCAGAGCACGGUCAGCGGGUAUGUGGAUGGAUAGCAAGGGAGCGGACGCAGAACUCGUCGACCUCCUCGUCAAACUCUACUCCCAACACCGCAGCGCCGCCACGGGAUUCGAACAACGCAAGAUUACAUCACAUCAUCCAAGAUCCCGCUCUGCGGCUACUAUUCCGAGAGUUCCUGAGAUACUCGCUCUGUGAGGAGAACAUGUCCUUCUACCUCGACGUGUCUGACUUCACCGCCAAUUAUCGACGGGCCGAGAAGGCGGGGGCGUUCGCGAAGAUGGAUACAGUUCGGGAAACUCUCGCCAGUGCAUACGGAUUGUAUAACGCCUUUUUGGCACCUGGUUCGCCAUGCGAGCUAAAUAUCGACCACGCCCUACGCAACAGCCUAGCAAGCCGCAUGACCCGCGCAGUAGGCGAUGACGCAUCGAUGGUCAAAUCCCUAAUGGACGUCGUCCAGCUGUUCGAAGCCGCGCAACUAUCCGUAUUCAAGCUCAUGUCAUCGGACUCUGUACCGAAAUUCGCCCGGGAUCCGAAGUACGCGGCUGUUUUGCAGGAACAUGACUUUGACCUUAACCCGACGACAAGCGGAAGGUCAUAUUCGCCUACCCUUUUGCCUGAACGGUCGAUGAGUCGGGGUACGCGACCGUGA